UUCACUGUACUACCAAUCUGAGUUUCAUGAUUUCUGGCACUGGUACAAGCAAAAUGCCUGCAGCUUUGUUCUCACUUCUUGCGGUGUUGGCCGUGGCUAAUGGUGCAGCGCUGCCCGGACUAGAACCCCGAAUCGUAAAUGGCGAAGACGCGAAGCUGGGCGAAAUUCCGUACCAGGUGUCUCUCCAAAAAAGCAACAGUCACUUCUGCGGCGGAUCAGUGCUUAAUACGAACUACGUUCUCACGGCAGCCCAUUGCGUAGAAGGACAAAUAGCAACUGCAGUGAAAGUCGUCGUUGGCACGAUAAACUGGCAGGAUCAGCAGAACGUGCACGCGGUCGACAAGAUCAUUAUACACGAAGGCUACAACCCUAGGGACUCCUGGCGAAAUGACAUUGCUCUGCUCAAGUUAAAAACACCACUCAAGUUGGACAAAAACAUCGCCGCCGUUCGCCUGCCGAAAGAAAACGAAGCAGUUGCUGCUAAGUCGCCAGCCAUAGUGUCAGGAUGGGGUCGUACCAGCGUUGGCGGACCAAUCCCGAAUAUCCUCCAGAAGGCGAAACUCCAGAUAACCGAUCAAACUGUUUGCAAGAAUGCAUACAAAAAUAUCGGCAGCGUUUAUGAAACUCAUAUCUGUGCUAACGAUCCAUCGACGACGAGGGGAGCAUGCAACGGUGACUCUGGCGGCCCACUGGUAGUAGACGGCAAGAUCGUUGGUAUCGUGUCUUGGUCAAUGUCGUGCGCCCUUUCCCAAUAUCCGACAGUUUACACGCGCGUCGCUUCUUACGUCAGUUGGGUUAAUCAGCACGCUGUAUAAAUUGAAAGUUUAUACUUGAAGCAUGCGUACCACGCGGGACACGCUACGCGACACUUCGUAUAUUAACACAUUGCGGACGGCUCACGAGAUAUCUCGUUUUUAGCAAAUUGAACGUUGCGGACGGGUCACGAGAUGUCUCGUUUUCAUGUUUUUUUU